CAAAGACUCCGAUUGGAUCAUCUCAUAGAGCCAAGACUUUCUGACCUCUCCCAAGGACAUCGCCCGCAUGGCCAAGAGCGGGACCUGGAGACUUGGCGACCGGGGGAUUGAACCCCACGUGUGUCAAAUCUCGAACGCCAAACGUCGAAGCUGGUUUUCCCUCAUUGUCUGAACAUUGCCAUCCCUCAGCGCUCACUGGCUGCGAGAGCCCACCAAACGCACGUCGUCGUCCCCGCGCGAACCAUGAUGCAAGCAUAUAAGGAUGAUCGCUUGUUCCGUCGCCCUCAGCCAAGCCUGCCAAUGCUUGGCCCCGUGGGGUUCUCCUCUUCAAUGGAUCCGAGGUGGAUUUCUCUUCCCAAAAAGAAGCGGUGUCGUUUUUUCCCAUGAUCCGCCCGCUAUUGCCUCCCUCCCCGUCACUCCUCGGUUUGGCUUUUUUUUCUCGGUGCUUGGCCUUUUUUUGUGGGACGGACUUCGAAACAUACCGUUCAUCCAACAUCGAGAUUCUCGGCUGACGGCUUCGUUGAGCUUCGGUCGGCCGGGGAAUCACGGACAUCUCCUCUCUCACCUACUAGUAUCUGACGACUGCCUAGGCAGGUGAUAUCUGCUCUAGCGGCAUAGAACUACACACACUAAGAGGACAGGUUCAAUAUUCCAUUUUUGAACGCGGCACGCGAGCAUACCGCAUACAUACUGUGAUGGUGCUCUCUUUCGAGUGCAUAUCCCACACAUGUCCACUGCCCUAGUAUAUACACUACAUCCGCCAUCUAUCGGCUUUGUACAUGAUGCAGCCAAGAUACACAAACGGAUCUUUCUCGCUAAGGCUAGACAGCGGGAGGGUUGCGAUAUGCGUAUUCCCCUCCCCUCUCCGGGGACCAAAUGGAACCACUCAUUGCGACGUCUCACAUCACGCACAUCAGAGAGUGCCUGCCAGCCUUGCCUCUUCUUCUGACCGAGGGAGGAACGAGUUGGAUGUCAGAGAAAGAGACAAAAAGUCUCGGACGCGUGUGGGUUGGAUGGGAACAAGGAUGGAGGGAGACAGGCCUGGAAGCGCGAUCGGCUCUACCCGCCAAGCCCCAGUGCCCCCCCGCCGUCAAAGGCCCACCCCUCCAGCAAGGGUUCCAGCACCUCCCACCCACCAGGUUGUCCCGACCAGCAUCUCGACCACCCCCCCCCGAUGCAAGCAGAAGCAGCAGGCGAGCAGGUCUUGUUUUCGCCAAGGCACCAGUACUGUGGGGAGAGGCAAAAAAACCAGAACCAUUCAUUCGACAACAGCAGAAGAGCUCGAAGAGCCAACCCACGUGUGUGCCACCGCUGGCUGAUGUCCCCCUGCGCUGACCAUCGCCUCUCCAUAUGUCCGUCUGGUUAAAUACAGACGGCACAACCUGUGUUUCCUCCUGACUCUGCAUCCCUCCUCAACAGGUCGAUCAGCCACCCGCUACAACAACCUUCGCAGUCUCGUCUCUGAGCACGCGACAUCCACCGUCCAACUACAAUGGCGGUCCUCCACCAAUUCGACUACCUCUUCGCCAUUGGCACCAUCUUCGCAGGCCUCGACGCCUGGAACAUUGGUGCCAACGAUGUGGCCAACUCAUGGGCCACCUCUGUGGCUUCCCAGUCCGUGACCUACCUCCAGGCCAUGGUUCUCGCCUCUAUCAUGGAGUUUGCCGGCUCCGUUGGUGUUGGUGCCCGCGUUGCCGACACCAUCCGCACCAAGAUUGUCGACACGGCUCUCUUCAAAGAUGAUCCCGCUCUUCUCAUGCUUGGCAUGGUCUGCGCUGUUACCGCUUCUUCCAUCUACCUCACCAUGGCUACCAAGAUUGGUCUUCCCGUCUCCACCACCCAUUCCAUCAUGGGUGGUGUCAUUGGCAUGGGUGUUGCCGCCGUUGGCGCCGAUGGUGUCCAGUGGGUUGGCAAGGGUCCCGGUACUGGUGCCAUCAACUCUGGUGUCGUCCAGGUUUUCCUCGCCUGGAUCAUCGCUCCUGGUCUCUCCGCUAUCUUCGCCUCCAUCAUCUUCUUGAUCACCAAGUAUGGCGUCAUGCUUCGCAAGAACCCCGUCUGGAAGGCCUUCAUCUACGUGCCAGUCUACUUCGGUCUCGCCGCGGCGCUCCUUACCAUGUUGCUUCUCUGGAAGGGUGGCAACUACGAGGUCAAGCUCACUGAUUCCCAGCUCCCCGGUGUCAUUGUUGCCGUCGGUGUCGGUUUCGCCCUUCUCAUGUGCGUCACUUUGAUGCCCUGGCUCUACCGCGUUGUCAUGCUCGACGACUGGCAGCUCCGCUGGUACCACAUUCCUCUCGGUCUCCUCCUCCUCCGCCGCGGCCCCGUCCCUGAGAACCCCGACGACGAGUAUGAGGAUGAGCCUGUCCAGGAGAUCAGCCCCAAGGAUGAGCUCGCCGCCACCAAGGCCGCCCAGCGUGGUGAUGUCGAGAUCUCUGCCGCCGGUGCGCUCCCCGAGAAGACUGUUGGCGCCGCCGACUCUACCGAUGGUGCUUCUGGCAACGACGCCGCUGCCCCUGUCCGCCGCAAGAAGCCCUCCGACUUCCGCAAGCCCCACAAGAAGCUCCUCAAGGGCAGACCCGAAGGCAAGUGGUACUCUUUGCCCGUUGUUUGGUACGGCAUCAAGUGGGCUUUCCUCCACGGUAUCGAUCAGGAUGUUGUCAACCUUGCUGGACAGAAGAGCGCCCUCGCUGGUGAUGUCGAGGAGAUUCACGCCCACGCUGCUCGCUACGACAACAAGGCCGAAUACAUGUACAGCUUCCUCCAGGUCAUGACUGCCGCCACUGCCUCUUUCACCCACGGUGCCAACGACAUCGCUAACGCCAUCGGUCCCUAUGCCACCGUCUUCGAGAUCUGGAACUCCGGCGUACUCCCCGAAACUGGCAAGGCUGCCGUUCCCACCUGGAUUCUCUGCUUCGGCGCUGCCAUGCUCGUCCUCGGCAUCUGGACUUAUGGCUAUAACAUCAUGAGGAACUUGGGUAACCGCCUCACCCUCCAGUCGCCAUCCCGUGGUUUCUCCAUGGAGCUUGGCUCUGCCAUCACUGUCAUUCUUGCCACCCGCUUGAAGCUCCCCGUCUCCACCACCCAGUGCAUCACUGGUGCCACUGUCGGUGUCGGUCUCUGCUCUGGCACCUGGCGCACUGUCAACUGGCGCAUGGUCGGCUGGAUCUACUUCGGCUGGUUCAUCACUCUCCCCGUCGCUGGUAUCAUCUCUGGCUGCCUCAUGGGCAUCAUCAUCAACGCUCCUCGCUGGGGCUACUCUGGUUAAAUUGGGAUUAGAUUUGGCGUUUUUCUUUUGGAUUUGAUUGUUUGAGAGUGUGUGGGUUCGAAAAGUGCUGGGAUCUGCACAUUGGUUGAAGGAUGUGAUUAUUGGGAAGUAUAAUAGUUUGUGGUUCCGGUUUCAGAAUACCCCCUGGGAGGCUUGGAUAUCUUGCGAGUAGUAAUAAAAAUGGUCUUGGACCUGUACCUACCACUUUUGUCUUGCUUUGUCUGAUCUUCCAAAGCCAC